AUGAGCGGAGGCAGGUUCGAUUUCGAUGAUGGAGGCGCCUACUGCGGAGGCUGGGAAGGGGGCAAAGCCCACGGGCACGGCAUCUGCACCGGCCCCAAGGGUCAGGGCGAGUACUCGGGCUCCUGGAACUACGGCUUCGAGGUGGUGGGCAUCUACACGUGGCCCAGCGGCAACACCUACGAAGGGUACUGGUCCCAAGGCAAGAGGCACGGCUUGGGAAUCGAGACCAAAGGGCGGUGGGUUUACAGGGGCGAGUGGACCCACGGCUUUAAGGGACGGUACGGCACGAGGCAGAGCAUGAGCAGCGGAGCCAAGUAUGAAGGUACCUGGAAUAAUGGCCUGCAGGACGGCUACGGCACCGAGACGUACGCUGAUGGAGGAACCUACCAGGGCCAGUUCACCAACGGCAUGCGGCACGGCUACGGCGUGCGGCAGAGCGUGCCCUACGGCAUGGCGUCGGUGGUGCGCUCCCCGCUGCGCACCUCCCUGUCCUCCCUGCGCAGCGAGCACAGCAACGGCACCCUGCCGCAGCAGGACUCCCCCGCCGCCCACCCCGAGAGCCUGCCCGUCUCGCCCACCAUCACCCGCGGGGGCUUCGCCCUCAGCCUCUACGCAGACGCCGAGGCCGGCAAGCCGAAGAAGGGGGGGCUCUUCCGCAGGGGCUCCCUGCUGGGGAAGCUGAAGAAGUCCGAGUCCAAGUCGUCGCUGGCCAGCCAGAAGAGCCGCGUCAGCUUCCUCAAGAGCGAGAGCGGGAUCAGCUCGGCCGCCAGCGACGCCACCUCCACCGUCAGCCUGGGCGAGGGUGCCGAAGGCGAGGAGUACCCCCCCUUCGAGUCCGACAUCGACGCCACCACCACGGAGACCUACAUGGGCGAGUGGAAGAACGACAAGCGCUCGGGCUUCGGCGUCAGCGAGCGCUCCAGCGGGCUCAAGUACGAGGGCGAGUGGCUGGACAACCUGCGGCACGGCUACGGCUGCACCACGCUGCCCGACGGCAAGAAGGAGGAGGGCAAGUACCGCCACAACGUCCUCGUCAAGGGCAUGAAGAAGCGCGUCAUCCCCCUCAAGAGCGCCAAGAUCCGGCAGAAGGUGGACAGGAGCGUGGAGGGGGCUCAGAGGGCGGCGGCCAUCGCCCGGCAGAAGUCGGAGAUCGCGGCGUCCAGGACAGCUCACGCCAAGGCCAAGGCUGAAGGGUCUGAGCAGGCAGCUCAGGCAGCUAACAACGAGUCGGGUAUAGCCAGGAUGAUGGCCAGGGAGCUCUCCCCAGACUUCUACCAGCCAGGCCCCGAGUACCAGAAGCGGAGGCUGCUGCAGGAGAUCAUAGAGAACACAGAGCACACCAUCAACAUGGAGGAGGCGGCACCACCGCGGCCCGAGGGCGCCCCACCGCCCCCCACACCCCCUGAGAGCCCCCAGCUGCACGAGGAGGACGCGGCCCCCCGCCGCCGCCACAGCCCGGCCCCCAGCCCCGCCGCCACCCCGCCGGAGGCCAAGCGGGCCAAGGCGGCCGCCCGGCAGGACGGAGGCCUGCGGCCAGGCAGCUGGGGCGAGGCGGGCGGCGGGGCCGCCGAUGGUGAGGCCAGGCCGGCCUCGCGGGGCGCGGGGAGGCCGGCGGAGCAGAUGGAGAUCGGGCCGCUGCAGCGCAUGGCACGCGAGCCCGACGUCGAGCACUUCAAGGGCUACCACAGCUACGCCGUCAGGACCUCCUCGGUCUCCCCCACCACAGACUAUGAGGAAGAGCCGUUCCCCGAGCAUGGGCCACCCUCCCCGGAGACCCGGGGGGAGCCCCAGCGGCACGGGGGCACCCCGGUCCCUCCACGGGAGCCGGAGGAGAAGCCGGCGCCGCGAGUGGAGGCCAAGGCAGAGCAGCCGCGGCCAAAGGAGGCCCAGCCGCGGCCCAAAGAGGCAAAGCAGCGCCCCAGCCCCGAGCGCAGGGUGGCGGGCAGGAACGAGCCCGCCGCUGACAGAAAGACUGAGGCCCGGGCACCGGGGAGGACGGAGCACAAGGCAGGGGCCAAGCGGAGCCUGGCCCCGGUGGCAGCGGCACAGGAUGCAGAGGAGUGCGACGAGGGACCUAACACAAUCGUGAUCUGCAUGGUCAUCUUACUGAACAUUGGUCUGGCCAUCCUAUUUGUCCAUUUUUUGACAUGAGGUGCCCUUUGGACAAGGCGUUGCUGCUCUUGGAGACCAGAGACCUUGGCGGGGAUUAAAUCUCAGUCACCCAGAAACACCUAAGAGGAGGACUUGAGAUCCCAAGGUUGCACUGCAAACAUGAAC